GUUGGACUCUAAUUUUCAUUGGAUGUGCUGUUUUGUCAUGCAACUUUGGUGCAUUUAGGUAAAGAACGUGGAAACGGUCAACCGAUGCAUUUGUGGAGAGCCCAUUUCACAAAUUUUGUCCUAUCGAUUUAUUUGCCGUUCUGCGCUAUGAUGUGUUACGGAAAUCAAACAACCGGAACCAAGGUCCAAAGAAGAAAACAAUGGACGUUCGGAGAGUCUUUUACUGCAUGUUCCCAAUUCCAAAAUUGGCUGAAAAGCUUCUUGGAAGGAGGGCUACGGUGAUUUGCGUGGAGGAGGCGCACUGGGACCUCAACAGGCGAAGACUUACUGUCCAUGGUCGAAAUGAGACUGGUCAAAGUGUACUGCGAAUUGAUGAAGUGUGUUGCUACACAGAGGUGGCACCUGGAAAGACCUUGUACACUCAAUCAGCUACGGUCAAGUACAAAAAGGGGCUUCUCAGUGGUUUGCUCACCCCAGUUGCGGCAGAAAUUCUGUCUGGUGUUUGCCAGAGGAACGCUCGAAGUGGCUUGUCAGCGAUGAUUGCAGGCUCUGAGCGUGAGCGAGCCACUUUGGCUGGGGAGGUCAUUCCGAUUCCUGUUGAUAGUGGAAGCUCGCAUUUGCCACUCUUGCUUAGUGGAGUAGUGGCUGCUUCUGCGCUUUUACUAUGGCGCUGUGUUCCUUAGCAGUGACAAGCUUGGAGCUAUCCCUGAAAGGACUCUGGUGCAUUGAGGCAGGACCAAGGUGAUUAUGCAGCUCCUAAGUUUGGUGGCUGCAACUAGCCGCGGCUCCUGCUCUGGCUUCUGUAGCAUUCAAGGUUGGGCGAGAACAUUGCUUGAUUUUUCUUUUGUUG